ACAUCUCCUGGUUACGGGAAAAUAACGUAAUUACAUUCGGCGUCAGACGUCUUGUAAACGACUGUGCACUGUGUUCAAAUUAGAUUUUAUUGUUUCACUUGUAUACAUUCCGCUUUUAUUACUGUGAAUCAUCUAUUGUGAGAUACAGUAACAGAACAGCCAUGGCUACUUUAGAGGACAAAAUUUUGGGUAACAAGUUACAAAACUAUUGUAGUAGCAGUGAGGAUGAAGGAGAGUCUGAUGACGAUAGAAGUGGCGAUGAAGAAGGAGGCGAGGUUACAAAGUCUCAAGUGGCGACAAAUGCUGAACCACCACCCAUCAACAACUGGACUGGCCAAGCAAGUAACACUGGACCGAAGGGAGUACUUGAAGACUGGAGGAGAUUCAAGCAGUUGGAAGCUGAAAAUCGUGCGGAACUCGCCAAAGAACGAAUUGCUUUAGCGAAGAAACUUACUCUGACCGUUAAACCUGAACGCGAAGCGGCUCAAGAAAAAAAGAAAGAAGAAAUUGAAGAUGAGUUGUCAGAAUUAAUGGAUGAGGAAUUUCUGCUGCAAUAUCAGAAGCAAAGAAUGGAGGAGUUGAUGAGCCAGUUGCAAAAGGUACCUAAGUUUGGUGUACUUACAACUUUGAAUAGCCAAGAUGAGUUCCUCAAUGCUAUUGAUAAAGAAGACCCAAAAGUUACAGUGAUCAUUCACAUUUACAACAGUAGCACUCGAGCUUGUGAAACUAUGGAUGGUUGUCUGAAUAUAUUAGCGACUGAUUACCCAACAACUAAGUUUUGUCGUAUAGCAGCAGAUAUCACUGGCCUGAGCCGUCACUUUCGUGUGGAUGGUGUGCCAGCCUUGUUAGCAUACAAAGGAGGCCAGAUCAUCGGCAACUUUGUACAACUGGCUACGGAACUUGGUAAUGACUUCUUCGCAGUUGAUGUGGAACGCUUCCUCAUUGAAUAUGGAAUGCUACCAGAAAAGUAAUCAACAUAAUUUGAAGGCUCCUCAUAUAUAAAUGUUGAUAAAUAAAAUCUAAUUUAUAUUGAAAAAAAAAAUAUUUAAAAUAAAUCUUGAACAUUUAUGAAUGAGAGGGUUUAGUUUAUACAUUAUUUAUUAUAUAAUUGAAUAUUGUAAGCUUAGCUGUAAGUAUUUUAUCAUGUUACUUCUGUAGAAUAACAAGUGAAAUGUUUGUGUGCUUGAGGAAAAAUAUACAUUAAUGCUUAUUUGUCCACCUGUUUUAAUAGGAUCAAUAUUUGUGUAAUAAUGGUGUCUACAAUAUUUAUGAUUAGUUUUAUCCUUGAAUAGGUAAUGUUGUUUCCCACCUAUUGUUGGAUUUAUCCUUGAAGGUUGUUUACGGGUUUACCUCACUGUAUGAUACAUGUUUGCAUGUUUCUCUCUGCAUUAAGGGAUUACACAUGCUUUGUUGAUCUUUUACCAACGUCAUAUUUCAUGUCAUGAAUGUUUACAUUUCAUCAUGGAAAUAAGCCAAGGUAUAACUAAUAAAUUUAAGGAAAAAUUUUGUAACACUCACUUUUUAAUCAAUGUUUAAUGUAAAUUAUAUAGCCAAAGUAUACUAAAUAGAUAGUGCAAGAUCCUCUUACUUAUUAAAAUCUGUAGCAUUUAAUACUGGUAGCAAUAUUUAGAAUUAGUUGUUGUUUUAGUUUGUGUAAUUUUAAGAUUGUGUCAGCCUUACUAGAUCAUAACUUCCAGCUGUGUUGUCUUGUGGGUACUAAUAAGAAUAAUAUAACUGAUAUUAUUUUGUAAUUUGUAGUAUAAACAUGUGCUAAAACUAUCUUAUAGUUCAUGGGCAAAAUAUUAUUUAAUUUUAUCGAGUUUUUAAGACAAAACUUGCAUUUAAUUUGUACUUAUAAAUUGUUUGUUUUUAUAGCUGUUUUGUUUCUUUGGCUGCACUGUGUCAAUCCGCCUGUGUUUAAAAGCGGGUGAUAAAUAUAUAAAAUAAAAAUAGAAUACCAUAUAAUUUUAUUAAACGCGAAUUGCAC